AUGAGGAUGAUAAACGCUGAGGCAAAAAAGAAAGUCGAUGUUCUCUCAGAAGAACUUCUCCCUUAUAUCAUAGCAGAACAGGAAAGAAGAACUACUCUGUACAAGAGAAUUAUGACUGCUAUUCAAAAUGGAGAGAAGGGAGUUACUAUUGCUGAGAUUAGAAAUAAACCUCCACUUAUUAUAAGGAAAGGACUUCUUUACCGUUGCCCUUCGAAUCGAGCACCGAAGGAGCCAGAUGGUUCGGGAAUACUUAUGUGUGAAGACGACAUCGAGCCAAGCCAAGUUAUGUACGAUUCGUGUUUGAGUGCAGAGGAUAAGGAGCUUUACGUGGCUGAAAAUAAGUACUUCUUUUGCAAUCGGCACAAAAUCGAAGGUCCUGAUUUGCCUCGAAAUGGGACAACGGUUAUUGGCUGCGCACCGUUGGAGAGGACCUCACUGAACUACACGACACAGAAAUGUGCUCUGGAAGAUACUGAUGACGUCGUCGUUCAUUACAGAUAUUAUCCGGACAGGACAUAUAAGUUUGUCACGGAACUGGACCCUGAUAGAGAAGUCUGCGAUCAUUGGAACCCGUGUCAAAUUGGCUAUGUGUACAGUCUGCCAUCUCCAGACCUGGCACAACUGGCUAGUGAACUAUGGCGUAUGUUUUAUUUAUUUAUUUUUAUACACUUUUGUGUAAGCCUGUGGCGUUUUGCCAGCCCUGCCACCCUAUUGUUACGCCAAUGGUCUCAGCAUGAACUCUCGUUGCGCUCUGCUGUGAAACAAAUACUUGAAUGCUUCAUUAAUGCCAUCACUCUUUGAAAUCAACUGCCGCUUACUAUCCGUAAAGCACAAUCAUUAGCCUCCUUUAAAAAUCAACAAAAAAAAACAUAAUCUGUCCUCUAUUUGGUAGGAUCUGUAUGUAUUGUAUCCAUCAACAUAAUUCAACAAUUCAGAAAUGUUUAAUGAAAUGGUUAAUUAAUGUUUCAGAAUACUCAUUGAAGUAGGCGUUACUUUGUAGAAAUCCAUAAUUAUCCAAAUGAUUUGAGUUUUCUUUAGUCUCGUGGCAGAUUUUGGCAAGACAACAUGUCCUGAGGAUGGCUCGUGUAGAGGCGAAACACGUGUCGAAUUGUUUAAGGACAAAUAUUGGCGGAAUUAACACUAAAGUAAACAAUCAAAUCAUUUGUAUAAUUAUUGCUUCUACUUUUAAUUUACUUAUUAUUUUACUUUCUUGUAUGUGUGUAUAUUUUUGACAUUAUUCUCAGCCAUAUUAAUGUACUUUUACUGACAGUAAACUCAUGUUAAUAUUCAUUUAUUUAUUAUUAAUUAUAAUUACAUACAUUGGUCUUGUUGCCCAAUAUAAAUUUACAGUCUCAGUCUCAAAAACAGUAACAAAGAGGCACUUCACUGAUUUUCUAAGUUUCCGCCCAGUCGUAUUAUUUUUUACACCAAAAUAGAAUCAAUAGUAUACCACUGCCUGAUACAGCAAUGUGAGAGGUAAUUAUAUCACCAUCACGCAGAUUGAAGUAUGUGAAUGAUGACAGGCAUGAAAAAUGUAACGCCUGAUCAUAUUUUGCGAGCGAAUACUUUCUUGCUUUACUUAUGCCAAAAAGUAAGGCGCAAACAGUUAUAUGCUUAUAAUCCUUGUUAUUGAUUACUAACCCUAAUAAAUGGACUUACAUAAUAAAAGUACAAGCGAUAGGAAUAACCCAUCUGAGUUUCGUACUAAACAAAUGCGUCAUACCGAGAAACAGCGUGUUAAACUGUAAAUAAAAAUGGUUGUUAAAAAUAACUCUGGAGUAUUAACUAUAACCAACAGCAAGCAUUGGUAACUUAAAAAUUAGACUUAAAGGUAUGUCUAACAAGAUAAAUCAG